GCCGUUUGGGACAGCAAGCACCCCUGCUCCCGGGCAGUGGGGCAACCCCUGGGGGUGGGUGACCUCCGCUGGCCACGACCCAGCCCUCCCCCGUGCGAGUCUCGCUUAAGAUGGCAGCGGAGCCCGGGGAACUAAUCGGGGCUUGCGAGUUCAUGAAAGAUCGGUUAUAUUUUGCUACUUUAAGGAAUAGACCAAAAAGCACAGUAAAUACCCACUAUUUCUCCAUCGAUGAGGAGCUGGUCUAUGAAAAUUUCUAUGCAGAUUUUGGACCUCUGAACUUGGCAAUGGUAUAUAGAUACUGCUGUAAACUAAACAAGAAAUUAAAAUCAUACAGCUUAUCAAGAAAGAAAAUAGUGCACUACACCAGUUUUGAUCAAAGGAAAAGAGCAAAUGCAGCAUUUUUGAUGGGGGCUUAUGCUGUAAUCUAUCUAAAGAAGACUCCCGAAGAAGCCUACAGACUACUCCUCUCUGGGUCAAACCCCCCCUACCUUCCCUUCAGGGAUGCCUCCUUUGGAUAUUGCACUUACAAUCUCACCAUCCUCGACUGUUUGCAGGGAAUCAGAAAGGGGUUACAACAUGGAUUUUUUGACUUUGAGACAUUUGAUGUGGAUGAAUAUGAACAUUAUGAGCGAGUUGAAAAUGGUGACUUCAACUGGAUUGUUCCAGGAAAAUUUUUAGCAUUUAGUGGACCACAUCCAAAAAGCAAAAUUGAAAAUGGUUACCCGCUGCACGCCCCCGAAGCCUACUUUCCUUAUUUCAAGAAGCACAACGUGACUGCAGUCGUGAGACUGAAUAAGAAGAUUUACGAGGCGAAGCGCUUCACAGACGCUGGCUUUGAGCACUACGACCUCUUCUUCAUCGACGGCAGCACCCCGAGCGACAACAUCGUGCGCAGGUUCCUGAGCAUCGGUGAGAACGCGGAAGGGGCCAUCGCCGUUCACUGCAAAGCUGGCCUUGGAAGGACAGGGACAUUGAUCGCCUGCUAUGUAAUGAAGCACUAUAGGUUUACACAUGCGGAAAUCAUUGCCUGGAUCAGAAUAUGCCGGCCGGGCUCCAUUAUAGGACCCCAGCAGCACUUCCUGGAAGAAAAACAAGCAUCACUAUGGGUCCAAGGAGACAUUUUCCGGUCCAAACUUAAAAAUAGAACAUCCAGUGAAGGAACUAUUAAUAAGAUUCUUUCUAGCUUGGAUGACAUGUCUAUUGGCGGAAACAUAUCAAAAAUACAAAACAUGGAACGAUUUGGAGAGAAUAAUUUAGAAGAAGAUGAAGAUGUAGAAAUGAAGAAUGGUAUAACCCAGGGAGACAAACUACGUGCCUUAAAAAGUCAGAGACAGCCACGUUCCUCACCAGCUUGUGCAUUUAGGUUGGAUGAUAUAAAAGGGCAGCCGAGAUCAGCCUCACAGCCUUUCAGAUUGAGCUCUUCCCCACAAGGAUCUGUAUGUGCUCUGAAGACCUCGAAAGGGGCUCUGUCCCCUUCAGCGACCGCCAAGAGGAUCAACAGAGGUUCUUUGUCCUCAGGAGCCAACGUAAGAAGCUUUUCCAUCAACUCCCGGCUAGCCAGUUCUCUAGGGAACUUGAACGCUGCCACAGAAGAUCCCGAGAGCAAAAAGACCUCAGCAUCCUCUAAGCCAGGUUUCAUAGCCAGCCCGUUCACCAGCCUCUUGAAUGGCAGCCUCCAGCCAACAGCCAGAAAUUACCCCGAGCUCAACAACAACCAGUACAACAGAAGCAGCAGCAGUGGGGGCAGCCUGACCAGCCACCCCGGCCCCCACAGCACCAAGGCAGAGGAGCCCGGCACCACCCUCCGACCCACCUACACCGGGCUUUCCUCUUCUGCAGCCAGGUUCCUGAGCCGGUCCAUCCCUCGAAGCCCUCAGUUUUAAUCGCCACCGACAAAUCAGGACGCCUUUCAAAACAGCGAUUGCUUGCAGUCACUUGAUGCCAUUCUUACUUAGCUCCUUCACCAAGUGCUUGGGGUCCCCGCCUUCCCGUCUUUUUCCUUCUCUUUUUCUUGCCUUUGCUUAUUUCAUGUGUCUUUCAUAUCAUAGACCCACACUGCCUUGUGUUGAAGGAAGAAGCUGCGUGAUGUACUGCACAUGUCCUAAGGGAUGGAAUUUAACCUCAGUUUCUGUCUCUCCCCCGCACAGUCCCUUCAGUCUGAAUAUGUUCAGUACUAAGGCCUUGCCUCUGCGGUGACAGCUGGUCCACCCUUAGAAACAAGCUCUUCAAUGGACGAGCAGUGUAGCGGGAAGCGACUGCUCGCUGGGAGGAGAUCUCGGCCUUCUUGGGAAUAUGGGAAAGGAGACCGUAUUGACAGUUUAAAGAAAGCACUAAGAAAAGACCUUCAAGAGACGUGAAACCAGAACCUUCUGGUUAAUGACUACUGUAAAUGCACUGAGACUAUGUUUAUGGAGAUGUGAGCAAGUUUUAAGACAGUUUUAAUGUUGAAUUUGGCAUUUUGAAAGGUUAUUUUUAAUGUAUUUUGGAAAUACAUUUGUUAAUUACAUUUACAUGUACAGUGUUACAUUAUGUAUGUAUUGUCAACUUUGAAAGACUAUUUUGAUAAAUUUAUAAAUAUAUGAAAUGAUGUAAAAACUAGACUAUAUUUUGAUUUAGAUUUUCCUGCUGUUUGCUACCAAAAUUUUGUAUUUAAAGUUUGUUCAGGUUCCUUGUGUCUACAAUGAGAACAUAAUUCCUUCCACAUAAGAAAAAGUAAGGGAGAAAGAUUUUAGAAAGUUAUUUUUAUGUUCCCUCUAUGAUUACUGCAAGUCAGUUCACUCUCUGGGAAGUCCGUCUACUUUAAGGCGCUCGUUUGAGCUUACUGCUGGCAAACGUGUAAUGACUGGAUAUGGUUUAUGUCGAUGGUUCCCUUUCCCUUUGUUUGUGUCGCUGACCACUUGAAUGAUUUCUGCAGCCUUGGGGGCUUUUUAAAAGGUGUGUCAUCUCAUUGAAGAUCAGAAUUCACUGAAAAUUCUCUCAGAAAACAAGGAUUUUCUCUAUGAAGUGACUCAACAUUCCGAGUAUCUGAUUUCCUUCCUCCUCUCCAGUGAGUUCUUUACGCAAUUAGAAGAUUGUGCUUGUGGUACGAGAUUGGGGUUGUCUGUCAGCACGCAUGGCCCCACACGAAUUUUAAAUCAGUGGGAGAAAGAGAUGCUGCUAACUGGUUCUCUGCAUCAAAAAAUAUUUUUUUCAAACAAGCAUACAAACCCCGGCACACAUUCUAGCCUAUCAGGGACCAGACCUGGAAUGAAGGGAGCCUUUCGGUACUCACAGCUCUUUCGUGGCAGUAUAACUCCAUGUUCAGGCCGGCGGAUCCUGCAGACUUUAUUUCUAUGGGGACCUGGGGAGCCUUAGAUCUGAUCCGCUUCCAGGCUGCUUAAAAACUGGCUACUCAGAGCCAUUGAAGAUACAAGUGAAUGGAUUCAUAUGAAGUGCUUUAUUCCCAACCAUAGAAUUAUUAAUAAUGUAUGUAUUAGGAAGAGGGUACCUUGAGACUGCUUUUAAAGGCUUCAGCAAAAUUUUUUGUUCGUGUUUUAAGUUUUUAAAAAGGCAUUUGAAUGAAAGUUUGACUCAGGUUCAUUAAUUUAACCUUCAAUAACUGCAGUAACAAACAAUUGCACUAAACUGAUGGGAAAUGUGUUUUAAGAAUAAAUUAUGUGGAAUUCAAAUGAAAAAGUUAAAUAUUUUAUUAUAAAGGAAGAUUGAUUGUAUAGGAAUAUGAUAGUAUUUUAAGAGAUUUAUUGGUGAAAAUGGAAAUGACAUUUGAGAAGUAGGAGAAAGGAAACCAUGUUGACAGUUUUAAUUCUAUGAACACUAAUUGUGUGCAGCUAUUAAAAUGAUUGUAAAAUUGACUACUGUUAAUUCUUUAUAAUUAUGCAUGUAUAUAGGUCAUAUGUAUUUACAUGUGUAUGUCUUAAAUGUAUUUAUACACAUGUGCAUACAUAGGCACACCAAGAAGUAUAUGUAUAUAAUAUAGAUUAUAUAGCAAAGUGAUUCUACUUCAGUAAUAAAAAUUGUUUGACAUGUAUUUUGUUAUGAAAUAGUUUACCUUCCAAAAGAUAUUUUGUUUUAUUUUAAAGUGUAGAAGAAUACACUGCUAAUAAAUAAUAAAAGUUUUAUGCAAUUUA